UCGGUUAUGAGUGCCUAUAAAUACAACCCUAGCCAUCGACUUGCUUGACUCAUCUCCAGAGAUUCUCUAUUCAUCUUCUUUGGUUUCAGCAUCCAGGCCCUGUAAACCAUCAAUGGAGAAUCAUAAUCACGAAGCAAAAGCAAACCAAAAUUACUUGUGCAAUAGCCUCCCAGAAGUUUUAGUUCUUGAACCACCACCAGUAUUCAAAUUUCAUGGUGACCAACUGUCAAAAAGAUUCCACUUCUUGAAAGCAUGGGAGUCACCACUCCCUCUGCACCAAUACUUGACCAUCCAUUCACAAUCAGUCCAAGCCCUACUUUCCUCUGGAAGAAAUCCUAUCACGUCUGAAAUUAUCCAGCUACUACCAUCUUUGGGAAUCAUCGUCACCCCAAGCGCUGGCCUAAACCACAUCGACCUGCAAGAGUGUAGACGCCGCCAAAUAUCCAUUGUCACUGCUGGAACCUUGUAUUCUGAAGAUGUUGCAGAUCUGGCUGUUGGGCUGCUCAUUGAUGUAUUCAAAAAGAUUUCAACUGCUGAUCGAUAUGUAAGACACGGGCUUUGGGCUAGUCAACCGGAUUAUCAGUUUCCUCUUGGUUCUAAGUUGGGAGGCAAGCAAGUUGGCAUUGUUGGAUUGGGAAGCAUUGGCUUAAAUGUGGCAAAAAGGCUGGAGGCUUUCGGCUGCAAUAUUUUGUACAACUCUAGGCAAAAGAGGCCAUCUAUUCCAUAUCCAUAUUAUUCAGAUGUUUGUGAUCUUGCGGCUCUUUGUGAUGUUCUCAUCAUUUGUUGCGGAUUAACUGAUGAAACCCGCCAUAUGAUUAACAAGGAAGUCUUACUGGCAAUGGGGAAGGAAGGAGUCAUUAUUAACGUUGGACGUGGGCCUAUCAUUGAUGAGAAGGAAAUGGUAGGGUGUUUGGUGCAGGGGGAGAUAGCAGGUGCUGGUUUGGAUGUGUUCGAGAAUGAGCCUUGUGUUCCUAAAGAGCUCGUUCAAUUAGACAAUGUUGUAUUGUCACCACAUAAAGCUGUCCAUUCAGAGGAAACAUUAAUGGCUUUGUGUGACCUUGUGGUGGGGAAUUUUGAAGCUUUCUUCUCAAAGAAACCCUUACUUACGCCAUUGGUGGAUUAUUGAAUGUUGGGUUUCUGUCUGGAAGUUAUUUUUUCCUCCAUUCUUAUUUGAAAGCUUUGUUUUCCUUUUGUAUGUGGAAGUGAGAGUAUUAAAUUGCUCUCACAUAAAACAAGCAGUGGUCAUAAGUACUGUAACGGCAAUUUGAAAGCAUCAUGUU